AUGUACGCUGCGCUGCUGCUCGUCACGCAUGCGCUCGCAGCACCCUACAUCCUGUCCUUUGGGCGCUACGCGCUGAAGGCGACGCACGCGCGCGUGGUCGAGCGCGCGCUCGGCUCGCGGCUCGUCGCCGCCCAGCUGCGACCCCAGCGGUGCUCGCCGAUCCCGUCGGACUUUUUGAGCCUCGACCUGCCCCCGGCCGCGGCGUUGUCCCUCGCGCGGCGCGGCUUCCGGCUGUCGCGCGACCGGCGGCGCGCGCGGCGCCCGCUCUUCGCGCCGCGGAACGAGAGCUUCCUCGCGUUCGCGCGCACGCGACAGCUCCGCGACGCGCCCGCGCGGCCGCAGCGGCGGUCGCCCUACGCCGAGGUCGUCGCGCCGGGCCUCGAGGCGCGGGCCGCGUGGGCACAGGGGGAAAUCGGCGCGAACGCGUCCGUCGCGGUCUUCGACACUGGCCUGCCUCCCGACCACGGCCACUUCCGCGCGCGGCCCGGCGAGCUCGUGGAGCGCAUCAACUGGACGAGCGAGCGCACGCUCGCGGACACGCUGGGCCACGGCACCUUCGUCGCGUCGAUCGUCGGCGGCGUCGGGCCGGGCUGCCCGGGCUUCGCGCCGGGCGCGGCGCUCCACGUGCACCGCGUCUUCACGAACCAGCAGGUGUCCUACACGGCCUGGUUUUUGGAUGCUUUUAACUACGUUCUGUGGCGCGGCGACGUCGACGUGCUGAACCUGAGCGUCGGGGGGCCGGACUUUGCGGACGCGCCGUUCGUCGACAAGGUCCGCGACGUCGUCGCGUCGGGCGUCACCGUCGUGUCGGCCAUCGGCAACGACGGCCCGCUCUGGGGCACGCUCAACUCGCCCGCCGACAUGCUCGAGGUCGUCGGCGUCGGCGGCGCGGAGGCGCGGAGUGGCCGCGUCGCGCCGUUCUCGUCGCGCGGGCAGACGCUGAGCGAGGCGCCCGGCGGCGGCGCGGGCCGCGCGAAGCCCGACGUCACGGCGGCGUCCAACGGCGUGCUCGGCGCCUUCCCCGACGGCGACGCGUGCCGGCCCAUGCACGGCACGUCCGUCGCGUCGCCGUCCGUCGCCGGCGUCGCCGCUCUAAUCGCGUCGGCCGCGCGGCGCGCGGGCGCGGCGACGCGGAACCCGGCCAUGGUGCGCCAGUGCCUGCACGCGACGGCGAAACCCUACGGCCGCUUCAACGCGACGGAGCGCGCAAGCGACGCCGACGGGUCGCGGUCGAGCCUCUACGCGCAGGGCGCCGGCCGGAUCGACGCCGCGGCGGCCGUCGCGUGCGCGGAGCAGUACAGGCCCCGCGUGACGCUCUUCCCGGCGGCCCUGGACCUCGCGGAGGACUGCCCCUACCUGAGCCCGCUCUGCGACCAGCCGCUCUUCUCGGGCGGCCGCGGCGUCGCCGUCAACGUCACCGUCGCGAACGGCUUUGGGGUUUUAGGCGCCGUCGUCGACGCGAGAUGGGUCCCCGGCGAGCACGGCGAGCAUCUGGACGUCGCCGUGCCGUCGGCGAUCCACGGCGACGGCGUGGCGCUCUGGCCCUGGUUCGGCGCCGUCGCCGUGCGCGUCGCGCCGCGGGCGACGGGCUUCGUCGGAGUCGCACGCGGCGCGCUCCACCUCGCCGUCGAGACGCGCACCGACGCGCCGGCGGCGCGGACCUACCCCUUCGGGCGCCCCUCGGGCGCGGGCACCUGCGGCGGGGCACCGGCCGAGGCUCGCGUCUGGGUCGCGCUGCCGAUUGCGGCGGCGUUCGCGGAACCGCCGCCGCGCGCGAAGCGCGUGCUCUGGGACGCGACGCACUCGCUGGCCUACCCGCCCAUCUUCGCGACGCGCGACUUCCUCGGCCAGAACGCGGACCUGCUGGACUGGAACGGCGACACGCCGGAGACGAACUUCCGCGAGACGUUUUUAGAGUUGCGGCGCCGCGGCUUCUACGUCGACGUCGCGCGCGGCGACCUGCGCUGCCACGACCUCGACGCCUACGGCGCGCUCCUGAUCGCGGACCCGGAGGACCUCUUCUGGGACGGCGAGGUCGACGCCGUCGAGCGCGCCGCGCGGCGCGGGUUGGGCGUCGUCGUGUUCGGCGACUGGCACGACGCGGCGCUCCUGGACAAGUCGGCCUUCUUCGACGACAACACGCAGGUCUUCUGGACGCCCGCCGUCGGCGGCGCGAACGUGCCCGCGCUCAACAAGCUGUUGGGCCGCUUCGGGGCCGCGCUCGGCGCGGAGGUCUACGACGGUCCGCUGCCCGCGGCGCUCGGCGACGGCGCGCGGUUCCAGUCGGGCAACGCCAUCGCGCGCUUCCCCGCGGGCGGCUGGCUCGUCCACGCGCCGCGCCUCGCGCGGCGCCGGUCCCUCGGCCGCGCCAAGGAGCCGGACGGGCAGCAAAGGGUGGCCGUGCUCGGCGCCGCGGAGACGGCCGCGGGGCGGCUCGUGCUCUUCGGCGACUCGGGCUGCCUCGACGAGGCCCACCGCCAGGGCGGCCCCUGCUUCCCGCUGCUCCACGCGGCGCUCGCCUUCGCGGCCGCGGGAAAGCGCGACAAAGCGGUCUUCCCGGACGCCGCGCGCCUCGCCGAGGACCACGCGCGCGGCGCGGCGCCCUUUGACCACCCGGCGGACGCCAUGCUCCGCAAGUACUCGCGCCACUACGCCGGCGCCGCCCACGGGCCGCCGCCCUACGACGCGCGCCCCGCGGAGCUGCCCUCGGAGCCCGCGUGCCGCGCGGCGGGCGUCGCCGCGCUCCGGAGCCUCGCGGCGAGCGAGGCGGCGCCGGCGUAA